AUGUCUUAUGAAGCAAUUCCAUUUGAAAAAGUCUGCAGAACUUGUUUAUCAGAAGCAAGUGAUAUGAAAUCAGUGUUUAGUGGGGAUGAGUCCACAGGUGAAACAUGCAGCUUAUUUGAAAUGUUAACUUCUUGUGCCUUUGUUCAGGAAAUGGUCAAUGAUGGGUUCCCAACUAAAGUAUGCCUGCAAUGUGUUCACUACAUAACUAGAGCAUAUUCCUUCAAACAGCUUUGUGAACGGUCAGAAAACACUCUUAGAGAACUCCUUAGCAAGCCAACUUUUCUAGAACUCAAACCAUUAUUGACUGAAGAAUCAUGUAUGAAUCCUAUAUCUGAAAUAAUCACAGAUGUUAAUUCAGUGAACUAUGAAUAUUCUGUUGAUACUAAAGAUAUUGAUGAACUAGUUGUGCCUCAGGAUGAACAUCUGGAUAGUUUGUCUACAGAUGAAGAAGUUGAUUCAAAGGUGUCCCAAGAUCCUGUAGGAAUUGAGAUCCUGUCAUGUGCAGGUCAAAAUUUUGAUGGAACAAAUACAAACACUAAUGAAGUUCAAGAACAAGCAGAUGAUGUUGAUUUAGGAAAUCAAGAUGAAAAAUCCUUGAAAAACAUAACUACAGAUGAAACUGAACAACCCAUUUAUCCAUGUGAAGAUUGCACAUUGUGUUUUACUACCCAGGUGGAUUUAAAGGCGCACGCCAAGGUCCACUCGAAAUCGUCCCGCCACACGUGCAAAGUGUGCAGCCAAGUGUUCUCCAGCGCCAGCACGCUCUGUCGCCACGUCAAAGUGCACGAGGUGGUGAAGCGCCAUCUGUGCAGCGAUUGCGGCAAAGGCUUCACGCGCUCCGACGAUCUGACGCGCCACCUGCGCACGCACACCGGAGAGAAGCCGUUCGCGUGCAAGCUGUGCGACAAGGCGUUCGCGCAGUCGUUCAGGUUGCUGGAACACAUGCGCGCGCACGCAAACGAGAAGAGUUUCGUGUGCGAUCUGUGCGGAAAGGCGUUCUCCAGGUGUACGAGCCUCUCGGCGCAUGCGAAAACGCACAGUGCUGUCAAGAAACAUACAUGUUCGGUUUGCGGGAAGAAAUUAUGUGGGCCGGGAUCUUUAACAAUGCAUAUGAAAACACACACUGGGCUGAAGGAUCAUAUUUGUCCAUAUUGUAAGAAAGGGUUCACUACUCCCAGCAAUCUACUCAUUCAUAAGAGAAUACAUACAGGCGAGCGACCAUACGUCUGUAACACGUGCGGCAAGGGUUUUCCCGACCCUUCGCGGUUGACCGUCCAUUCCAGGAUACACUCCGGCGUGAAGCCGUACGUCUGCCAUAUUUGCGGCCGCGGCUGCGUCAGCUCGUCCCAGCUGAAGAAGCACAUGAGGAUACAUACGGGCGAGAGGCCGUACCGUUGCCCGAUGUGCCCGAAGUCGUUUCCUAGGAGCGAGGAUUUGCGGGUUCACAUCAAGACUCAUACCGGUGAUCGAGAUUUUAUUUGUCCGUUCUGCAAUAAAGGAUUUUAUCAGCCGUCCACUCUCAAGGUCCACAAGAGGAUCCACACAGGUGAAAAACCAUAUUCAUGCCAUAUUUGUCAAAAAUCUUUUGCUCAAACGGGCCCGCUUUCCACACACAUGAAAACCCACUCCUAA